GACUUGGCCGUUUGCUUUCCGCACUUUCCGAUACAACCCAGCGUAGUUCAUUUGGAAACUCAACGUGACAGCGUUGACGUAGUUGUGGUUAAAUUAAAAGUCGGCUUUUCGUAAACUUUUAGUUAAAACUUACGUUUAUUUAUUAAUAUUGCUUAAAUUUCGUAUAAAUUGUUCAUUGCUACAAUGUCUGGUCAAUGGGAAGUUGUCGGCAAGAAGAAGGAGAAAAAUGGGAAAAACAACAAGCAAGCUGCUAUCAAAGAGCAGCAACAGCAAAAACUCAUUAAUGGUGUUACAGUUGAAGAAGUUUUGCCAAUGUCUCAAUUGAAGAACUUGUAUGGUGUGAAAAACAAAGAGAACCAUAAGCCAACUCAGGAGAAAAAUGCAAAGAAAGAGGCAAAUGGUAAAGAAAAACCAGUUCAAAAACAAGCCACCAAGAAGCCUCAGGUGGACAAUAAAGUUAAUCAAUUCAAAUCCAUUGAUAAUGCCUUUCAUUCUAUUAAAGUAGAAGAACUGAGUGCAGUUUAUGACAAAAACAAAGUUGUUUAUCCAUCUACACCAAUUGUGUGGCUAAGAGAACUAGCACAAUUUCUUAAUACAAAUAUUGUAGUGGAUACUCCAGAUGUAACAUUUUCUAGCAAACCAGAUUAUUAUCCAUUAUGUGCAAUGCCAACAGCCCAGUGUGCAAUCCUAGAAAAGGGAUUGAAACAAGCUGGUGCUGAAAACUGUGCUCUCUUUUAUGAUAUUUGCCUCACAAGUAUGGCCAAUGACAUGAAUAAAAAUCUUGCAGCAAUUGGUCAUAAGGUUUUUAUACAAUUAUUAUCUCAGCAGUAUCCAAAGUUAGCUGGUGGCAAUGUUGCAAAAUAUGUGACAUUAAGGAACUCAUAUCAGAAUAGGCCGAAUAUUGGCAUGUCUAUUCUAUGGGCUCUAGGACAAGGUGGCCUUAAAGAUUUGAAUGUUGGUUUAAAAGUUUUCAAAGAAAUCAUGUAUCCAUUAUUAGAUAUGAAAAAUUAUACGCGUGAUGUACUAAAGUAUUUAAUAACACUAUUGAAGAAACACUCUACGUCUUCCACAUCGGCGUUGACUAUUGACCAAUAUUUGUUUCUGGUCGAUUUGAUAUACGCAAAUAAAAAGAACAUGACAUCGGAUCUGAGCAAAGAGUUAACUGACUUGAUGCCGAUUUGCAAUGAAUUGCUGAUGGCCGGCAACGGGCCGUUUGUUAGUUACGUGGAACCGCUUCUGCGUAAACUAGGCCAGACGGCCAAUAAAGCCUGCAAAAAUUAUUUAAGUUCUGUGCUAGCGAAAUGCAUGCAAAAAGAGGCGCCUUGUCUUAAAAUAUGGGAAAAUCUCUACGUUAAGAAUCUAUCUGCGAGUGCAUCUCUUCUUAUUUACAUCGAGCAACAUUGGCGAAGCAUAUCUAACAAAAUUAAUGUCAAAGUUCUCAAAGAAUUGUUAAAAACAUUCACGGGGAUUAACGAAGACCUUGAGAAAACGCCGAAAAAGAAUAUUGAUGGCUUAGCGGAAUGCAUUAAUGGAAUUAAGCGGCUGAACAAUAAAAUGGCCGGCGGCAAGAAAAAAGGAAGAUCAAGCUGUAGAUUCUUCUCUUAUACAGCAUUGCUUCUGAUUGGUACAUUUAUUUUUAUUGAUGUGAAGCAAAAUGGUGGCUGGAGCAACUCUUGUACAUCUAAAGCUUUGAACAGAACUGGUGUAUAUGAUUACACACACAAAGCUUACGAUUGUGCAUCAGAGUGUACACAUUGGGUUCACAACCACAUUGAGGAGACAUUCCCUGGGAUCACUGAAAGUACCAUUAAGCAUACUACUCCUUAUGUUGAGUUAGGGCGUGAUCUUGGUAUUAUUGGUAUGAAUGUUUUUAACAAUGCAAAGGAAGCAGCUGCAUCAAGAUUGCCAAUUGUGGUGGACACUAUUGAGUCUUAUGCUCCUGGUUUGAUUGGGAAAACUCAAGAAGUUGCUAAAACUGCAUGGGCUACUUCAGUAACUUAUUUUGAGAAUGGCAGAGAAUAUCUUCUGACUAAAGUUUUUGUUGGUAAGCUUGCACCUGAGGAAAUCCUGAAAACUAUCACCGCCACCGUGCAACUGGGCACCGAGAAAGCACAGGAAUAUUAUAGCUGGCUCUAUAACAAAAUCAUGACUGCUAUCAAGUGAUUUAAAACUAAGGUUUAGGUAGCAUUUACAUACUAUUAUAUACAUAAAUAUUUUAUACUUCUUUCGUCUGUGACUUCACUUAUUUGUAAUAAUAUCAUAUGCGCCUGAUUCGUUGAAUUAUGUGUUAUCAAUUGUUUUUAUCUUCGUCGAUCAUUCCAACGCCAUUUAUUUGUGUACGAAAGUAUUUGUUGUUACAAUAGAAUUAUUUUAUACUGGGA